AUGACUGCGAAGAGUUGUCAUGAGGCAGCCAACGGCUUCCCCAACGCAGGGCGCUUGCUUUUGGUUGAUUCAGCCUUGGACAAGAUCGCAUGGCUGCAGGACGCCAUCAGUUUGGAUCCUCAUCGUCGGCCCGUUCUUUUGGUCGAUGACCUAACGCGAGGACAUCAUUUGGCACAGGCUGUCCCAGAUGAGAAGAUGCGCUCGGCCUUACAAGCCCUUCGCUUGGAGCAUGAGGUUUUUGACCCUCAGACCAGCGAUUGGGCAAGACUUGCCGAGCGCCUGCUGUCAAGAGCUUCCGAGAUGCGCACGACUCGGAGUCGCCCAGCUGCGCCGGCCGUCCUUUGCUACGACUGA